CAUACUCUGUGGUUAACAUCAAUCCAAAAAAUUGGUCAAGAACUCGAGUAUUGUUUCGUUCGCGAGUUUUUUGUGGUUUAAUUGUUUAGUUUAAUAAUUAUAAAAGCAAAACCUACAAACAUGUCUUCAGCGUGUUGUGGUACUAAGAAGCAGAAGUUGAACAACUCGUAUAAUGGUAUAGAUCGACCUUUAAAUGGGUACCUAGAAUCAGUGGCUAUUCCUGAUAUGUGUUACUUUUGUUUCGAUGUUUUGUAUUGUCAGCUGCAUAGUAUGGACCCCCCACAAACGCCAAAUUUUACUAACGAUGCCUACCCUUUGUUUGUUACCUGGAAGAUCGGGAAGGAGCAUCGGCUGCGAGGCUGCAUUGGGACAUUCAAUGCCAUGCAUUUGCAUUCUGGCCUCCGCGAGUACGCGAUAACAAGCGCCCUUAAAGACUCCCGCUUCUCGCCCAUCACGCGCGAAGAAGUCCCCCGUCUCACGGUGUCCGUGUCCAUCCUGCAGCACUUUGAGGAGGCCGAGCAUUACCUGGACUGGAAGCUGGGGAAACACGGCAUCAGGAUCGAGUUCAUCAGUGAACGGGGGUCCAAGCGGACCGCUACGUAUUUACCACAAGUUGCUACUGAGCAAGGUUGGGACCAAAUCCAAACAAUCGACUCGCUACUCCGCAAAGGUGGCUACAAGGCAGCCAUUACCGGCGAGAUGAGACGCAGCAUCAAGCUGACUCGCUAUCAAUCCGAGGAGAUCUCUGCCUCCUACAGCGACUACAUCAGCCAGCGCUGCUAGCACCAACCUCUCCGUCUCCGGGGCCUGGUGACUCACACCUCAUCUGAGUUGCCCCGGAGGCCUAUGUACAGUUCACUUUGGGAACUACCUAGAGGUUAUGAGAUGGAAAACAGUUUGACUCAUCUAAGUGGUUAUAGUGCUAAGUUAGUAUCUAAGUGUACCCUAGUGGCAUGAUCCGAUUGUGAUCAAAGUGAACGCGUGUCUUAAACAACACUGCCAUCGACAUUCCGAACACCAAAGUUUGGGGUAAUGUGUGUGUGAGUUAUUUUAUGUUAAGGCGGCGGGGUUUGGCGGGAAUGGUUUUAAAACAUCCUAAUUUUAGGUUAUCUAAAAAUGUAAAAGGUCUUUGACAUUGAAUUACCUAUUGCAAAAAAUACAACUGUGUAUAUAGGUACUAAGUGUGGACCAAUUGCCAAAUAGCAUUUUCUGCCAGUCAACUAUAGGUCCAAAUAGAGUCAAAUGGAACAAAGUGAAAAGUUGAAUUAUUAAAUUUUUGCGUUCAAUUUUUUUUCGGGUUGGUUACUCUGAGGUUAUUUCGGGUAGGUUACUCUGAAGUUAUUUCGGGUAGGUUAGUGAAUCAACUUUUUCUCGUAUCUCGUUGCCGUUCCCCUGGUUCACUCUUAAAGCCGGUUUUUUAUGGUAUUUCAACUAACAAAACAUUUUUUGUGGGAGUUAUAUCAUAGAGAAAUAAGAUAGCUUAGAGAGCUCACUUCGUACAUCAGUUUUCUUACUUAAUAAAUAAUAAGGUAUGGUAUGACGUAUUAUUAAUAAGUUUACUCGCUUAAAACGUAAUACUUAUUUUAUUUAGCUGAAAUUUUACCAUAAAUAAGUUUACGCAAAGCUCUUUUAAACCUUAUUAUAAAUAGGUUUUUAUUUAUGUAUGGAGUGAGCACUCUUAAGUCUAAGCUUACUUAUUUCUCUAUGGUUAUACUAUACACCCUUUCCACAUUAGACCAUCUAUUAAGCAUAUUAUAACUAAUGACUUAUUAGAACUUGGUACAACAAACUGUGCUAAUAUUGUCCUGUGGCUGACGGCAUAAAAUAACUGCAAGAAUUAUUAAUUAAUUACCGAAACAAAUGCCCUCUGACCUUACCCGAAGUGCUAAUAAUAAAGUUUGCGGUGUGACAUUUAGGAUUGAAAUAGGUAUUUUGGGAAGUGGAUGUUUUGAAGCAAACCAAUGCAUGGUUCAGCAAGGAAAUUGUUUUGUGUGUUAUAUUUGAUACAUAGAAAGAACUCCACAUAAGUAAGCAAUGGUUGUUAUUGGGCACUUUAUGCGGUAUAAUAAUGCAAUAAGGUUUUUUUUUUUUCAUUAAUAUUUCACAAUAAGUGCUCGAUAGUAAUCAUUAUGUUUAUAGGUUGAUUUACCAAAGCUGGCGUAGAUUUUUUAUAAGAAUUUUGAUAAUUCAGUACAAAUCUCACGCUAGCUCUUAUAAAUCUGCAUUUACUUUUGUGGAUUUCUUUCUAAUACUAAAAAUACGAAGUAAAAUAAAAUUUAUAGUGGUUUGUCACUGGAGCAUAGGCAUAGUGAAUCAUGUAUUUUUCUUAUUUAGUAUUAUAACCUCAAAAAAAAAUUUUUUUUUUAUAAGACAUUCCCGCCAAAAUAUUAAGCCGCGCCGACACGUUUGACCACUUUGAUCACAAUAUGGACAGUGUUGACAUCUGUUGUUGCAAUAAAACAGUUACACGACGACCGCGUUUGUUUCUUUCUGACACUUGAUUCAUUUCAUGAGUUGAAAAGAGACAAAACUGAAGCCGCUUGUUUUAAGUAGUUUAUGUAUUGACAUUGUGAGAAUAAUGAUUUGAUUUUUUUUAAAUCAAGUAUUUAUUCCAAGAUUCGACUUCGGACAAUAGUUUACGACGUCGUAUAAUUAAUUAAAAAACCCUUGUUUUUAUAUCCGAGAUUCUAUAGUAUUUUUCAAACAGCUUCGGUACAGUGACAGAUGUCAUCUGAACACAAUUUUGCGAGAUUUUGCGUUUUAAGAUUAUACAUUGUAUGGAGAUGACGUACCGUACACAAGCUGUUUGAAGAAUAUUAUAAAAUGACAGUUCGAUUGCCCCAAUUUAUCUGGCAGAUCUGCCUUUUUAGCCUCGUAAAGCCCAACAUACAAAAAAUUGGCAGUUGUAUUAGAAAUCUACAGGGAAGGAAGGUUGAAUUUCUUUUGUUGUAGAAAUCGAACGGAACAAAGGAAAUGCAACUCUUUUCCGAUUGAAAAUGAUUUAAAUUGCAUUGUAGUGAUUAGUACUAUGGAAAGGACCGUGGGUCUUGCGUGGUUUGUACAGUAAGCUGCAGAGAUAGUUGACCCCCUCUCCCCGUUUAUACCGGGGAGGACGGGGGUUACGCAAGCAGGAUGAUUAGGUAGUAAAUGGGCCAAUGGAACUGUCAUUUUAGUAUUUGGGCUAUAAAUGAGCGUUUAAAAAAAAAUGAAAGCCUAUUUGUUACAAAUCUGCACUUUCUUUGGUUCUUUCUACACAGAAUCGUUAGCAUCUAUCCUACCAUUAAAAAAUAUCUCUUAAAAUGUGCGUUCCAUUACGUCACGUUUUUAGUGUGAUUUUUUUUCACUUGUACAGAUCGUGUCACUCACGAAGACGUGCCUUGACUCUUAUCGUCAUUUUAUUAAAGGUUAGAUUUGACACAUCUGCGCGUCAUCGUGUGACAGGAACUAUAUGUUCGUGACGUAGUGGAAACUAAAAUUUCCAUACAAAUUUUCGGGACUUUUUUUGUUAGGUUCAGGAUUGAAUAGUGAUUGUGAGUUGGAAGAACCCGAAAGUAUCAGGAUCUGAGAAUCUGAAAACUUGUUUCAAUAUUUUUUUUAAACGCUCAAAAACAUGGCGUAGAUGAAAAUCAACAUUUAUCAUUUACAAAUCCCUAUAAUUUUAAACUUAUGAACUUACAGGUCUAUUUGCCAAAACGUGAUCUGAUAUAUAAAUUAUAGAUAAUAAAUAGCUUAUGUUUUUUGUCGAAAUGCUUAUACUAAUGUUUGGGUUAAUAUGACAGAAAUACACAUAAAAUGAAUGAAUCGGUAGCUUAUAAUUAUACAUUUCAUUUUAUAUUAUUUCGUAAGCACUAAUAAUCAAGGCUUGUAAAAAAAACUUCCAGAAAAUACAAUUUGAAAUACAGUGCGUAAAACAUAUCUCUUGCUUAUUCGCUGUCUUAUCGUGCUCCCAGAUUGGCUGUUAUAUGUUUUUUUUUAAUUCAUUACAUUUCACAGCAUUACAGUACUCCAAAUCGCUGUGAAACCAAUAGACAGUUUCACAGACAUAGUACGCAUAAUUAACAUAUCACAGAAGAUCUUUCAUUCAUCAUCUCGCAGAACCUCAAGCAUUCAUCACAUACGUCCAACCAUCCACUCGCAAACACAUCACAGUUUGGUGCUGAUCGAGUGCGAGUUUAUCAGGCGCAAGGCUUGAACAAGCUGUAUUCUCGGCGGGACAGUUCGUACUGGUGGCCGCGCUGACAAAUGGCGACGCGGUCCAAAAAGAAAUCUUCCCGAUGAGGGAACAUACAGACGCAGCAGCUGAGAUACUAGUUUGAGGCAGUUAGUGUAAAGUACUUGUACUCAAUACCCAAAUUACACUAAUCCCGUUAACGUAUAACAAAUCAACGAUUACUUAUAACCGGCUGCGCCAUGUAAAGUCCUUAUUUGGACAGGAUGAUGUAUUGAGACAACGAGUGCAUUGCUAAGACUGUUUAUUCAUAAUCUCCCCUACCCACAUAUCAUACAUAAGUCUACCCACAGUUAGAAUCCCCACGUAAAAUGCUAUUGGCUAAAGUACACAGUCUGUAAUUUCGCCUCGCUUCAAGUGAGUUAAAACCUAAUGUACCCAGCAAAAAAAAAACAUUGUGUGACAGGGACAGCAUGAUAAGUGUUUUAUUAUGUUGUCCCUGUCACACGAUGUUAUAUAUAACAUUUUGUAACAGCCAAUGUGGGAGCACCACUAAAACCUGUAAUAUUUGAUCAAAUAUUCAAAUCUUAAUACAAAAUUUUACGAACUACA